AAAGUCGAUUUGUGAGUUGUAAACAAAGAAUUUUCGUCGAAAGUUUCUUAUUUAAUUAAUCAAUUUAGGCCACUUUGCAGAGACUUUCUGAGAUCAUCGACAGCAAAACAAUCAAUCGAUAAGAAUGGCUGCUGGAACUACCUUAGCGAAAGCUAUCGAAAUCGUCACAAAAGCCACGGAAGAGGAUCGGAACAAGAAUUACGAGGAGGCGCUACGUUUAUACGAACACGGAGUCGAAUAUUUUUUGCAUGCAAUCAAAUACGAAGCACAAGGCGACAAAGCGAAAGAUUCGAUCCGGGCAAAGUGCUUGCAGUAUCUUGAUCGUGCGGAAAAGCUAAAAACCUACUUGAAAAAGGGCAAGAAAAAGCCCGUGAAGGAUGGCGACUCGUCAAGUACGAAGGACGGCAAGAAAGGGAGUGACAGUGACGACGAUUCCGACGAUCCGGAGAAGAAAAAACUCCAAUCGAAGCUCGAAGGCGCCAUUGUCGUCGAAAAACCGCACGUCAAAUGGACCGACGUUGCUGGUCUCGAUGCCGCUAAAGAAGCUCUCAAGGAGGCCGUCAUCCUGCCCAUCAAAUUCCCCCAUCUGUUCCAAGGCAAACGUGUCCCGUGGAAGGGAAUUUUACUUUUUGGCCCGCCCGGAACGGGAAAAUCGUAUUUGGCAAAGGCCGUUGCCACCGAAGCGAAUAAUUCGACGUUCUUCAGUGUUUCCAGUUCGGAUCUCGUGUCAAAGUGGCUCGGCGAAUCGGAGAAACUCGUCAAAAAUUUGUUCGAACUUGCAAGGCAACACAAGCCGAGCAUCAUUUUUAUCGACGAAGUGGAUUCGCUGUGCUCCGCGCGUUCCGACAACGAGAGCGAGAGUGCGCGUCGCAUCAAAACCGAAUUUCUCGUGCAAAUGCAGGGCGUCGGAUCGGACAACGAGGGCAUUUUAGUGCUGGGCGCCACGAAUAUUCCGUGGGUACUGGAUGCCGCGAUCCGGCGACGUUUCGAGAAGCGAAUUUACAUUCCGUUGCCGGAGGAGCAGGCACGUCUCGUCAUGUUUAAGUUGCAUUUGGGCACGACAAGUCACGUGCUUACGGAAAACGACCUGCGGAUACUGGCGAAGAAGAGUGAGGGAUACUCAGGCGCUGAUAUUUCCAUUGUUGUACGCGAUGCCUUAAUGGAGCCUGUGCGUAAGGUGCAGACUUCGACACAUUUCAAAAAAGUUCGUGGACCGUCACCCACAGAUAAAAGCGUGAUAGUCGACGAUUUGCUUACUCCAUGCUCUCCUGGCGACCCAGCUGCAAUUGAAAUGUCAUGGAUGGACGUUCCCGGCGACAAAUUGUUUGAACCUCCCGUGUCUAUGGCUGAUAUGCUUAAAUCUUUAUCUCGAACCAAGCCGACUGUCAAUGAAGAUGAUAUGGUUAAACUCGACAAAUUUACAAAAGAUUUCGGUCAAGAAGGCAUGUAAACAUCACAGGACGUCCACUUAAACCUAAUUUUCUGUCAUUUUUUCGAUAUUCUUGUUAUUUGUGAGAAAAAAGUGAAUUCACUGCAACGAUGGAAUCAUCAUAAAAUCCUUUUGAAAACAAAAAUUGUUGCCUAAAAUACACUUAUA